UAGCCAUAAACAAACAAACUUGUGAAAUUAUAUUUUUUAUUUUUCUUAUCUGUUCAGUGUUCACUACAAAACAAAUCCGCGUUAGGUUAGAAUUUAGUUGAAAAUAGUAAAUAUUCAGAUUUUUCUACACUAAAAUGCCAGAAAUGGAGAUAAAAAGGAAAGCUGACGACUUAGCUGUCGUUCCAAGCAAGAGGACUCGCCACGAGAUUUCUGUUAUAGGCACUAGAGAAAAAGCUGUAGUGACUUCGUCGGUCCCACGAACAUCGAACCUUUAUGCACCAAUAAUGUUGUUGGAAGGGCAUCAAGGGGAGAUAUUUACGGCAAAAUUUCACCCCGAAGGCAAACACUUGGCGUCUGCAGGGUUUGAUAGACAAAUUUACCUCUGGAAUGUAUACGGUCAGUGUGAGAAUGUGAUGGUGAUGAAGGGCCACACGGGAGCAGUAAUGGAGCUCUGUUUCUCACCGGACGGCUCUCAUUUGUACACUUGUGCUACAGACACUACUGUUGCAGUGUGGGAUGUGCCCACUGGCACACGGAUAAAGAAAUUAAAAGGACAUGCCAGCUUUGUUAACUCUGUGUCAGGAGCAAGGAGAGGUCCAGAACUACUUGUUUCAGCAUCAGAUGAUAACACAAUAAAACUUUGGGAUGCAAGAAAAAGGAACCCUAUAGCAUCAUUUGACAAUUCCUAUCCAGUCACAGCUGUUUUGUUCAACGAUACAGCUGAGAAAAUUAUAUCGGCAGGCUUAGAUAACAUUAUUAAAGUGUGGGAUAUAAGAAAUAACCAGAUUUCUUACAAAGUUAAAGGACAUACUGAUACCGUGACAGGAUUGGCACUAUCAUAUGAUGGCUCAUAUCUCCUAUCCAAUUCCAUGGACAAUACAUUAAGAAUAUGGGACGUAAGACCUUUUGCGCCUUCAGAGAGAUGUGUAAAACUUAUGUCAGGCCAUCAACACAACUUUGAGAAAAACCUGCUUCGGUGUGCAUGGUCAGCAGAUGGCUCUAAGGUGGCAGCCGGUUCUUCUGAUAGAUUUGUGUAUAUUUGGGACACCACAUCGAGAAGAGUGGUGUACAAGCUACCCGGCCACAAUGGCUCUGUGAAUGAUGUUGAUUUCCACCGCACUGAACCCAUUAUACUCUCUGCUUCUAGUGAUAAACAGAUAUAUCUAGGGGAGAUUGAAAAUUAAAUAGUUUAAUAAAUUAAAGAAUGAGAGUGACUGUACAUUGAUCUAUUGUUUUUAAUAAAAUAAUAACACCAUUAUAUUGUAUUGUA